GACCGGCGGGUCAGAAGCAAGAUGGCUGCCUAUCGGUUACUGGGGUCGUUUAGAGGGAAUCGGCUCUUUACGUGUCGCCGGGAUUUUGUGGCUUUCCUUUCUGUCGGAGCUCGUUCCGGUAAAGCCGAGGAAAAGCAAACUCAUUUUGGCUUCGAGAACGUGUCCGAGUCGGACAAAGCGGAGAAAGUUUACAAAGUAUUUGAAAAUGUUGCCAAAAAUUAUGAUAUAAUGAACGAUGCUAUGAGCCUCGGCAUUCACAGGUUAUGGAAGGAUGCACUGAUUCGUAUGAUGAACCCACUGCCAGGAACAAAGCUGCUUGAUGUGGCGGGAGGGACAGGGGAUAUAGCCUUUAGAUUUCUGGAUUAUGUAAGAAUGCAGCAUGAAAGACAAAGUCGACAAGCAGUGAAAUCUAACCAGAGCCCAUCAUGGCAACAAAUCAGCGAAUUUUAUCAACAGCAGAAUAAAUCCAAUUCUGAUUUGGGAUCAAAGGCAGUCAUCUGUGACAUCAACAAGGAAAUGUUAAAAGUUGGGAGGCAAAAGGCAGAACAGUUGAACUAUACUGAUGGUCUGUCCUGGGUGGUAGGAAAUGCAGAAGAACUGCCAUUUGACGAUGACAAGUUUGAUGUUUAUACGAUUGCUUUUGGAAUUAGAAAUGUCACUCAUAUUGAUCAUGUGCUACAAGAGGCCUAUCGUGUUUUGAAGCCAGGUGGAAGAUUCUUGUGUUUGGAAUUCAGCAAAGUACAGAAUCCAAUAAUUUCCAGGCUGUAUAAUUUGUACAGUUUUCAAGUGAUACCUGUUCUGGGUGAGGUUAUUGCUGCUGAUUGGAAAUCCUACCAAUACCUGGUGGAGAGUAUCCAACGUUUUCCUGAUCAGGAGGAGUUCAAAGGAAUGAUUGAAGAUGCAGGGUUUUACAGGGUGGAAUACAGCAACAUGACAUCAGGGAUUGUGGCUGUUCACUCGGGAUUUAAGCUGUAAAUUUGAAAAGACUGCUCACGCUGUGAGGUCCUGCUUUCAUUGACUCAUAUGCAGGAUUGAGGAUUGUUUGAGAGUUAUCACAUUGCACUGCUAAGAUGCUGUAGUACUGGCAGGUAUGUCCAAGUCAAUUAGACACUUCCAGCUGCACAGUUAUCAGUAAGAGUUGAGGGGAUUGUGCUGUUAUACUCGACUUGUUUCAAAGCAUAAACACAAGGUCGCAUAUCUGCGCCAGUUAUAUAUGCGUUUUCCUCUGUGAGGAUGUAGCUCCAGUGUCUUCAAAGUUAUACUAAUAAUCAGUGUUUAAAGUCCUUAGGCGUGAAGGAAAUACGUUUGCCACUGAUUGUCAAACUUUGCCAGGAGAAUAGUUAUCAAACUAGGCUGCCACAUUUAUCUAAUUUUAUUUAAGAAAUCAAGGAUUUAACAUUUCUUCAUAUUUUCCCUGAAAUGUACUGAUAGAACCUGUUGUAUUUCUCAUCAGUGCAACAUUUCUGAUUUUUGUUUGUGAUGGGGCAUUUGUCAAUAUAUGAUUUGCAGGAUUGACUAAAACUAUUUAAAUAUCUCAACAAUUGAAUAAAACACUUUUUUUUUCUA